CUAAAAAAACAAAACAAAAGCCAAGCAAUGCUUCUUCCACCACCCAAAACGUAGAGUUUGAGACUUCAAGGAAACCUCCCUAACUUCCAACCAAACUCAACUCCUCAUCUCUCUCUCUCUCUCUCUGAAAGAAGGAGAUAUUCCUCCUCCCAUAAAAAACCUUACUUUCUUCCCUACCUCACCUUCUCCUUUCCUUCAUCGCCAUGGAAACUACUCUCUUUCUCACCUCAAAGCCUUCAUUUCCAUCUGCCGUCCGUCUCUCCACCCCCGCAUCGAGUCAUCGCCUCUCAUUUCAGCAGAAGAGGGGAUUAUCCGUGUCAGCCGUCGAAAAGAACCUCAACAACAGCAGCGGCGGCGGCGGCGGCGUGAAGAAAACGUCGGUUCCGAACACGAACUAUGUGGUGCCGCUGGAUACUUCGUCUUCCAUGAUCCGGCCGUUGGCGGAGAUCCUCCGGGAUCUUAACAAGAGAGUUCCCGACAAGAUCAUCAAGCCCGGCACCAGCUGCAUCCCCUGGUACCAUGCCAACCGCAUGUUGAGCUUCUACGCCCCAGGUUGGUGUGGAGAAAUACGUGAUGUUAUAUUCUCAGACAAUGGAAGUGUGACUGUGGUUUAUCGUGUCACCAUACGUGGUAGUGAUGGAGAGGCACACCGUGAAUGCACUGGGACGGUAUCCCCAGAUGAUAGCCAUAUUGAAGAUCCUGUUGCAGCGGCAGAGGAGAUUGCCUUUUGCAGAGCAUGUGCUCGGUUCGGCCUCGGCCUGUAUCUGUAUCACGAAGACGAGUUGCUGUAAAUUGGAGAGCAUCUUUCUUCCUAUCAUUCACAGGCUCGUAUCGCUCUCUCUCGCAACUCAUAAGCAUCCGUAUACCAUACCAUGGCAGAGCCACCAGUGGAUUAUAUAGUUGUGUACCCAGUUUUGCUUCUUAUUCAGAUAUACACCUUCCUAUCUGUUGAUGUAACUUUAUAUACGGGAAAACAGUCAUUCGGCAGCUCGUGUUGUGCUCAACGUUCAUUUUAGAUGUAUGAAUCUGCUGGUAACUGACACGUUUGGUUAUAGAAAGUGAACAUCUUUCUUUCUUCUUGGUAA